AUGGUUGCCAUCAUUGAUUCGUUUAAAGACAAUGAAAAAAUUGUUGUACUGGUUACCGGUGCAUCAGGUUAUAUAGCAUUGCACUGUGUUCAACAACUUCUAGAAAAUGGUUAUACGGUAAGAGGUACAGUACGAAGUCUACAAAACUCAUCAAAGAUUAGUUCACUUCGUGAUCUGAAACAUAGCUCAGAAAGGCUUGAAUUGGUUGAAGCUGAUCUUGAAUGUCCGGAUCAUUGGCCAAAAGCAAUUGAAGGAUGCACAUAUAUUCUGCAUAUUGCAUCACCAUGGCCUAUUGUAGCUGAUGAGACAACUAUAAGAAUUGCCAAGGAUGGUACUUUAAAUGUUUUAAAAGCUGCUGCUCAAUGUAGUACCGUCCAGAAAAUUGUCCUAACUAGCAGUACAGCUGCUAUAAAUGAUGGUCAUAAAAAUGAUGCUCGAGUUUUUGACGAAAAUUGUUGGGGAAAUUUGAAUAGUAAACGAAUUGAAAAUUACAGUCGUUCAAAAAUAAUUGCCGAAAAAGCUGCAUGGGAAUUUUGGAAAUCUUUGCCAGAAGCGUCACGGUUCCAAUUAACUGUGCUAAAUCCGUCAUUUGUGAUUGGCCCAGUACUUUCAGAUCAAAGACAUGGAAGUGCUAAAAUUAUUCGGCGAAUGAUGGAUUAUCAUACUUUUCCUGCAGCGCCAAAAGUUUCACUUGGUAUGGUUGACGUGCGUGAUGUCGCACGUGCACAUAUACGAGCAAUGGAAUGUGCUAAUUGUAAUGGUGAACGAAUUCUCAUAACAGCAACACCAUCAGUUUGGUUCUCACAAUUAACUCGUUGGCUUCAUGACGAAUUUAAAAGUCAAGGUUUCUUAAUUUCACGUGUAACAACACCAAAUUGGUUAGCAAAAUUAUAUGCUAAGAUGACAUGUGAUCCACAUUUUGAAGCAGUGAAGUAUCGCUUAGGAACAAAAUUACAUUUUGAUAAUACAAAGUCGCGACAGCUUCUUCAAAUGGAAUACAUGCCCAUCAAGAAAUCAGUAAUUGAUAUGGUUUACAGUAUGCUCGAUUACGGUAUAAUUGUUAGAAAGAGAAAUUUUGAAAAAACGAAAAACGUUCCGCUACUUCUCAAGCUGUUAAAAAUGUUUGAAGAAGAAGAACCUGGAAAACCAAAGAAUUGGGGUUAUACUAUCACUAUUAUCACAUUGGUAAUGCUUUUGAAUAUAACAAUAAUUAUUACAUGCCGAGUACUACUUGAUUCGCAUGACGAAAACAAUCACUAUUGGUUAGAAGGAAAAGUUCGAGAAAAUUUAGUAUUAUUCCUUGGUAUGUUCGCCAUGUCAUUUUGCUUCUAUUGUUGUUGUUGUUUUUGUUGUGGCGGAUCAUUAUGCCGGUGGAUUGCUAAAUGGUACAGCAAAUGUUUCGAUCCAUCUAAUUUAUUGUCAACUGCGACUAAGACAGUUGAGGAAGCUCCUGCAACUCAUAAAAAACGAAAAAACCCAUUCUUCAUUUUCAAUGUUUCCAAUGAUGGCGAUUGUAUGAUGCCAUAUGCAUACACAAAUGGUGCAUUUACGAAUUCAUCAGAACAUCGAUCAAUCCUCAAUAAUUCGAAAAGCAUUCUGAAACCAAGUGAGGAAAAAUUGGCUGAUUAUUCAAAGUUCAAAUGUCAAUCUCAACGUAGAAAAAGUCUUUAA